AAACACCAACAACAACAACAAAUACUGUGCUUUUUUUUGCUGCAGUUGGGGUGAGUUUUUUUUUCACUAUUUGGCUCUGGCAAAGAGUUUCAAAGAUCUGUUGAAAAGUGUCACAAAUGGUUGGCAAUGUGAAGAUUCUUUUCUCUGUGUUUCUGCUGGCAACACAGGCAAUAGGGUUGUCUGCAAUUCCACCAUGGAAGAAGCUGCAUCUGCCAUGGAAGAACCAUCAUUCUAAAGAGAAAUCCAUUAACAAAAGGCAAGCUCUUGCCAUUGAUACCACAUUCAAUCUUCCUGUUCCUGUUAAAAAUGCUUGGCCUCCAGGUGGUAAUUUUGCUAGUGGAAUAAUUGAUCUGGGUGGGUUGCAAGUGCAUGAAACAUCGACAUCAGCAUCAACAUUAACCAAAGUUUGGGGGGUCUAUGUCGGUGGAGCUGAUGGUAAAGGGUUUUCAGUGUAUGAACCAACAGGAAUACCUCAAGGUUUCCACAUGUUGGGAAGCUACUCCCAACCCAACAACAAGCCUCUCUUUGGAUGGAAUCUUGUGGCAAAAGAUGUGUCUGCAAACACCAACAACCCCACCUUAAAGAAACCAGUUAAUUACAAACUUGUGUGGAACAGUGGAUCUCUGAAAAUUGACCAAGAUGGUCCCAUCUAUGUUUGGCUUCCAAUUGCACCUGAUGGCUAUAAAGCUGUAGGCCAUGUUGUCACCAACACAACAGAUCAGCCUUCCCUUGACAGAGUCAUGUGUGUCAGGUCUGACUUCACAGAUCAAUGUGAGACAAAUAAUUUGAUUUGGGGAUUGGACACCUUCAAUGUGUUUGAUGUUAGGCCAAGCAAUAGGGGAAUUCAAGCUCCUGGUGUUAGAGUAGGCACAUUUGCAGCUCAAACUGGGACUCCUAACCCUCCAUCUAUUGCUUGUUUGAAAAACAAUAAUCCAAUCCCAAAAUACAUGCCUAACUUGGAACAAAUCAAGGCAAUACUCCAAGUUUACUCUCCAGUCAUGUACUUGCAUCCUGAUGAAGACUACUUUCCAUCUUCUGUGGAAUGGUUUUUCACCAAUGGGGCAGUGUUGUAUAAGAAAGGGCAAGAGAAUCCUGAAAUGAUAACACCAAAUGGGUCUAACCUACCACGGGAUCCUCACAAUGAUGGGGCCUAUUAUAUAGGCCUGCCCUCUGCUGCAGCAGCACAAGAGAAGGUGAAAAGGGGGGAUUUGAAAAGUGCAAUAAGUUAUGUGCAUGUGAAACCAAUGUUUGGAGGAACCUUCACUGAUGUUGCAAUAUGGACAUUCUAUCCAUUCAAUGGACCUGCAAGAGCCAAAGUUGAGUUCGUUACCCUUAAUCUGGGGAAGAUAGGUGAACAUGUUGGUGAUUGGGAGCAUGUGACACUGAGGCUAAGCAACUUCAAUGGUGAACUAAAGCAGGUCUAUUUCUCCCAACACAGUAAGGGUAUGUGGCUUGAUUCCUCCGAGAUUGAGUACCAAAGUGGGAACAAACCAAUGUAUUAUUCUUCCAUGCAUGGCCAUGCAUCAUACCCUCAUGCUGGCCUUCACCUGGUAGGGCAAAAUAACGUGGGCAUAAGGAAUGAUACUGCUAAAGGCGAUAGUGUUUUGGAUUUGGGGGCAUUUCAGUUGGUUUCUGCUGAGUAUUUGGGUUCUGAAGUUGUGGAGCCUCCAUGGCUGAACUACUACAGAGAAUGGGGUCCUAAAAUUGAUUAUGACAUAGAUGAAGAGUUGAAGAAGCUUGAGAAGAUGUUACCUGGAAGGCUAAAAUCUACUUUGGAAAAUAUUGUGAAGAAGUUGCCUAGUGAAGUGCUGGGAGAGGAAGGACCAACAGGGCCAAAGGUGAAGGAUAAUUGGAAUGGAGAUGAAAGGUGAAGAUUGUAGAAUUUGGAGACAUUGGUUGUUGUAAACUUCAAAUUGGUUGCAGGAAUGAUAAUUAUUGUUUGCACAAUGGAAUAUAUUAAGAAAAUGAAUAGCUAACAUCAACCAAUUGCUUCAAA